GAGGAUCCAGCCCUCUGGGACAGUGGUGUGUGUUUUGGGGGUGGACAGUUUGGCCUGGCUUGCAGAACAUCACCGGACACCGACGGGAGAGGGGCUCCGUUAGUUGUUCUCUCUGUGUGUCUCUGUAGUGAAACCAGACCUACCUCUUGAUCCCACACAUACUCACCCCUCCAUCUGCCUGUCACAACUUCUACCUUCUGCUCCGUUCUCUCGGUUGGUCCCACCGAGUUGGUUCCACGACAAGACCAGCGAUGUGGAAAAUGUGGGAUUCUUCUUCUUGAAGCAAUGGAUUGGAGCGUAGAGGCAGGAAAUCCAGACUAUUUGAGUGAAUGACUUGAAAACCCAAGAGGAAACAUUUAGCCAGCCUCUGUUCCUGUAUCUGGACUCUGUGCUGAUACGUGAGCGCGUGCGGUCCAUGGUGGUAGUGAGGGAUGCGUCUCUGACUGAACUCGCUGCACCGAUGCCUGCUGCUAUGCUUCCGUGCCCUGCGCCAGCCGGGUCCGACUGGAGCUUCCAGAACCCGGUGGGGGUGGACUGCAGCUCUCCGGAGCCUCGCUGCAUUUGGUUGGCCGUUCUCCACGGAGCCUCGAGUCCAGCACCCCCCACCGAGCCAGUUUCAAACAACCAAAGCUCGCAUCAGCUCACGGCUAAGGGGCGGAGGGAUGGUCACUCCUCAACAGGUGACAACCCUCGGCCGCCGAUGGCGACCCGGCCGGGAAGGGAGGGGGUUGGCAUGGGCUGGAAGGGUCCCCGGACGCUGGUCCUCCAUAAGAACUCCCAGGGUUUUGGUUUCACGUUGCGGCAUUUUAUCGUUUACCCCCCAGAGUCUGCUAUGCACACCAACCUCACGGAUGAGGAGAACGGAAAUGAGAAGGGGUAUCAGAAAGAACGGCUGGAGCCGAUGGACACCAUAUUUGUUAAGAAUGUGAGAGAAAAAGGUCCGGCCCACAAGGCGGGUUUAUGCACAGGGGAUCGGUUGGUGAAGGUGAACGGGGAGAGCGUUCUUGGAAAGACAUACUCGCAAGUUAUUGCCCUCAUUCAGAACAGUGAGAGUGUGUUGGAGCUCUCUAUUAUGCCAAAAGAUGAAGAUGUGCUUCAGCUAGCAUACUCCCAAGAUGCUUACUUGACUGGGAACGAACCCUUCGUCGGGGGAGCUGAGAACCUCCCACCGCCGCCUCCCCUCUGUUACCCACGCACCAGGACUGCCCCCCAUCCUGGAGCCCCGCUUUGCUCCCCCAUGGGCCAGAACCAGCUGGAUAACUGGAGUUGCUGGCCAGGGUCUUCAAGCCCUUCAUCACCCUUAGAUAACAGAUCUGGUGUGGCUAGCCCAGCCAGCUGGCAGGAGGGGCAGGCAGGUGAGCCAGGUGGAGUCGGUCACAGCAGUCCAGCGCAUCGCACAGAGGAGAUCCAGUACGGUAUGACCAGUCAGCAGCCCCAGGGUCAGACAAGGAGGCGCUCCUACUCUUCGUCUUCGUCAUCUGGAGGUCUUGUUUUCAGCCCCCUGAAAGUCCACUACUCCAACCAUCAGAGUGCUGGGGCCGCCCAAGCACAGCCACGAAAGUCCAGCUCGGCCUGGACCAGUCCGCCUAUGGCUCCUGUCCCCCACAGCCGCAAUGAACGCUGCCAGCAGGCCCUCUCUGACUGGUACUACAACCAGCUACCUGAGCGCUCAGGACGCAGGAUGCAAACCCGGCACCGCAGCUACUCUCAAGAUCGGCUCAGCGAGCACAGGAGGCAGCAGCAGAGGGCAGGUGGCUGGCCACACAGCGCCUCACAGGACACGCUUUUUUUACUACAGCAGUCAGGACAAGGACCUCAGGGUGAGCCCUACUGGUCCGCUGGAGACUGGGAGGCGGGACGUGAAAGAGGCCGCACUGACUAUACUCGAACACGCUCUGAAAAUCUGCUGGCUCAGUACGAUCGCCAUGGCCGCUCAAUGGAGAUGUUGGACCGAGCAUCAGCAGGACUGGUCUCGCCUCGGUCCGAGAGGCACCCAUGGCCCCAACAGGCUUCGCAGCCACCCCACAGGACAGACGCCUACCCAAGACCAAGGUGCCACACCGUUGUUGCACAGACCUCUGCAGUGCCUCGCCUGUCGCAUUCUAAACACCACCCCCAAACCCACAACCAGACCCAGUCUCAGCAGCCCGCCGCCCAGAGCAAGCGGCUUCCUGCUGGGCAGAGCAUGGACGAGCAGCAGGUGGGCUACCGUAGCUACAGCCCGUCUUUUAACCGCAAAACAGGUCGCAUCCUGGGGCAAGCUCAUUCUUUCAGGGACCCGACUUACUCAGGCCCCCACUUGAACUGGAAUCCAGUCCCUAAAAACGGCCCCGCAGAGGGAUCGUCGGCACCUCUCAUUGCCUCCUCCUCUGCUCUCCUCACCUCUGUCUCUCCAGAAUCCAAGGACAGGGCGUACAGGCCUACAAACCAUGAGAGGGAACGACGGGCAGUGGAGGGACAGGGUGAGAUGGCGGUGCAAACCCAGGAGGUGGUGCUGAGGCAGAAACCCCCCACUGGGCGAAGGAACCCCAACAGACAUCCCCACUAUGGCAUUACUAUGGAUGAGCUAGAACCUUCCCUGUUUUCUCCUGAACCCAAAGACACGAAUGUUCACCCUGGUUCUGCAGAAGAGUUAACCCCUCGCAAAGCAAAUGGAAACCUUGCCCCCCUUUCUUUAGAGGAAGACUCUUUGGCCUCCAUCCCAUUCAUAGACGAACCAACCAGCCCCGGCGCUGAUUUGCGUGCCCGCCAUGUGCCGGCCUCCUCCGUUGUGUCCAGCGGCAUGAGUUCAGCGCCCCCGGUGGGCACCAGCCCCGCCUCCCCCACCUUCACCUUCCCCCUCACUAGGCUCUUCUCACACGACUGCAGCAUCACCACGGAGCGCUCCAAGUCAUGCGAUGAAGGACUUAACACAUUCAGGGAGGAACGGACCUCGCUUUACAGAAGGCUGCCCAAAAGAGUGAAGAGUUUCUUUGGGGACGGGUCUCUGGACGUCAUCGGCACGGCCGAGGAGGUGCGCUCCAAGCGUCACUCCACCUCCGAGCUGGGAAACAUCACUUACAGUGACAUACGGCGAGAAGGAUGGCUGCAGUUCAAACAAAUCCUUACAGAGAAGGGAAAGAAAGUCGGCAGCGGGAUACGGCCGUGGAAAAGGGUCUAUUCGGUCCUCCGCUCCCAUUUGCUGUUCCUCUACAAAGACAAGAGGGAGGCGGUGCUCCAGGGGACCUCGUUCGGAGGCGCGGCCGAGGACGAGCAGCCGAUCAACAUCCGGGGCUGCCUGGUGGACAUCGCAUACAGCGAGACCAAACGCAAACACGCCCUGCGGCUGACCACCCAGGACUUCUGCGAGUACCUUCUGCAGGCGGAGGACCGGGAGGACAUGCUGGACUGGAUAAAGGUCAUCAGGGAGAGCAACAAGACGGACAGCGAGGAGCUUGGAUUCUCCAGGCAGGCUCUGAUCAGUAAGAAGCUCAACGACUACAGAAAACAAAGUCCGACAUCAAGUAAGCCAGAUUCAUCUCCCCGGAUGCAUCGCAUGAUGCCUCCGUUUCUGCUUAAUAAGACAGAAAACACAGCCGGAGCGCCUCGCUCCCCAAAACCAGAUGGCAAAGAUGAGAGCAGCCCGCCGAAGUCUCCGUGGGGAAUAAACAUCAUGAAGAAGCCAAAGAAAUCUGGGCCCAAAGCUUUUGGCGUGAGGCUGGAGGAAUGUCAGCCUGGUGUCAACAACAAGUUUAUUCCGUUGAUUGUUGAGUUCUGCUGCGGCUUGGUGGAGGAGAUGGGUCUGGAAUACACAGGAAUCUACCGGGUUCCAGGGAACAACGCCAUAGUCUCACUGCUUCAGGAACAGCUCAACAAGGGCAUGGACAUCAACCCAGCUGAAGAGAGGUGGCAGGACCUCAACGUUGUCAGUAGUUUACUCAAGUCCUUCUUCAGGAAGCUUCCAGAGCCUCUGUUUACCAAUGACAAAUAUAUUGACUUCAUUGAUGCCAAUCGGAUGGAAAAUGCAUCAGAGCGGCUGAAGACCAUGAAGAAACUGAUCCGAGAUCUUCCAGAUCAUUAUUUUCAUACUUUGAAAUUCCUGAUCACCCACUUGAAGACGAUUGCAGACCACUCGGAUAAGAACAAGAUGGAGCCUCGUAAUUUGGCCCUGGUUUUUGGGCCGACCUUGGUUCGGACCUCCGAGGACAACAUGAAAGAUAUGGUCACCCACAUGCCCGACCGCUAUAAGAUCGUGGAGACGCUGAUCCAACACUGCGUGUGGUUUUUCACCGAUGAGCUCGACAAAGAUGAGAAGACACCGGUGGACACUGAGGACGUCCAGCCGGCCCCCAACAUCGACCACCUUCUGUCCAACAUCGGCAGGACAGCUCUGCUCGGGGAGGCUUCAGACUCAACCAACAGUGACUCAGCUAAAUCAAAGGGGUCCUGGGGAUCAAAAAAAGACCUCACCGCCAAGGACUUCCUGGCACUGUCCAUCAUGUCCGCCGUAUCAGGGCGAAAGCGAAGGAAGCGGCAUCUAGCUCGCCGGAUCGGCAGCAGCACCGAUGAUGACUCGGAGCACGAACCGAUCAAAGCAGGGCACCUUGGGAUGGAGGAGGAAGAGGAGGCAGAGUCGCCGGUGGGCGACACUGCUCCUCGAGCUGAGGGAGAGGAGGAUGAUGAGGAUGAAGAGGACGACGAUGAUGACGAGGAGGAAGUUGUAGAAGGUGGAGUAAAGGAGGAGUCAGAAGAGGAAUUGGCCACAGUUGUCUCAUGUCAGCCGUGCUGUAAAGAGGAAGAAGAGGCUGAAGGAAGGCAGACGGCCAUUUUGUUGCAGGAGGAGGUUGUCCGGGCCGAGGUGAAGGAGCAGCCGUGGAAAGCUCCAGAGGAUGCUCGCUCUAUUGUCUCUGGUUACUCCACCCUUUCCACGUUAGGGCGCAGCUUGGGGUCAGAGGGCAGGGGCGACGAGGCUGACGACGAGCACAGCGAGCUGGUGAGCGAGACUGACAACGAGAGCGGCUUCGCCUCACGCUCCCUUACCCAGGAGAGACCCAGUAAACAACCAACAACGCCACCAAACCCGCAACCAUCAGCACCCCGCAGCUUCCUCUACUCACAGUGCAAACCCCAAGUUAUCUUACCCACAAGCCCCCUCACCCCGCCCGCUCCCAUCACCAACACAGCUGACUCUUCAGAGAGGAGUGAAGGAGGAGCACGCUCUAACACGCCCUCUUCUUCCUCUUCCUCCACUGCUCACAGACUGCACUCACGGCCUUCCUUUAACUCCCACAAGCUGAUCCAGUGUGACACUCUUGCCAGAAAGAAACUGAAGUCGGAGAAGGCCAAGGCCCGUUCCCUGGACCUGUUGGAGUCUCACAGCGAGGGGACUGGCUCUGGGUCCGAAGGUGCACCAAGACCAGUGAAAGACAGCUCCAGAAGUAACCCCUCUUCAGGCAGCAGUCAGGAAAAUCUGCGCCUAUCCCGAACAAGGCCCGCCCUGCCGCCCAGCGAGGCUGCCUCCUUCACGCCAACCGGCCCAGGCGGCAGGUCUCUAGCUGAACACGUCCGCGCUCGACUGCUGGGCUCUGCCGACGACCUCCGUGGGGUCGGGCUCCGAAAACCGCCUUCACCUGAGACACGAAGGAAGAAACGUGCGUGGCGGAGACACACCGUAGUGGCCUCACCAACCGAGACAUCUGACAAGAGAUCCCCACUCACUGUCAACGAGUUCCCCCUGUCUCCCAUCAACCAAAACCAGGUGAAAUCUCGAGGAGCAGACAGCUUGAACCAAGAACCCGUUACACGCCAAGCUCCCACCUCUACAUUGUACCACCAGUACCUGUGAGAACUUUCAGGGUUGAAGAGGUCCAACAUAGCCAGUCAUUUCUUUCAGACUCCACUUGCAUGACAAAGGGCAGCACAGUGUUGCCUUAGCUUUAGGGUUUUCUGUUUGCUUUAAAACAACACUCAAAAAUAGGGCCAAGACAUUAACUAUAUCUGUUAUCGCCAAAAAUUCCCAAUUUAGCAAAAAUAGACAUCCACUCCUUCCCAACUUAAAUGGUUGGCCAAAUGAGACACGCUUCUGGGUGAUCAGAGGAGGGCGCUGUCCUGCAGCUUUGCUCUGGUUGAGAAAAAUGGUGCUUUUACAUGAUUUAGUUUCAUGGUAGAUGUUACAAAAAACCAUCAGAAUCACAAAGUUAAACAGCCGUUUCUGUCUUCCUGACCACACUCACUGUAAAAGUCCAGUUUUUAGUCCAACCAGUGGACGGAUUCCAACACAUGGACACAGAUGUCUGUCUCUUCUUGUUAAUAAUGUUUGAGUGUUUGCGCAAAAAUGAUGUUUUGUAGCAUUUUGUACAAAGCCUUGUUAAGUUAACCUUGUAAAUAUAAAUAUUAUGUUUGGUUUUCUCCUGUAAUUUUUAGUUAUUUUUAUAUGGUUUACAAAAUGUGCACAGAGUGCAGUCAUUUCUUUCAAGACGUUACUUGAAAUGUUUCCCUUAAUAUAUUAUUUUUUGUUUAUAUUCAAUAUAUAUUAUAUAUUUUGUAUUAAAGUAAAGAAAAACAGUACUUUUAUGGUGAUUGAACCUCGAUGCAACCUGUUCCUUAUUUCUCCAUAAAUGGCCUUUCUGAUCUUCAGCACUGUACAGAGUACCUUUAUGUCCUGAGAUACUGACUUUUAAUAAAAGUGAUCGACUUUAAACAAAAAUCCAUCAACAAACCUAUGUGGGAAAUGCAUGUAGCUAAUCUAGCAGAUCCUUUUGGGAAGCUUAGCAGGCACCUGGGUAUGCCAACACUGAGCUCAUCUUUUUUUUUUCCAUAUCUGGUAUUACUUAUUGUUACCUCUGAUCUCAUAUUUUUACCUUUUUAGUUUGGGAUCUUUUUUCAGCCCAUCCCCACUGAGGAUUCAUCUGUCAACACAGUUAUUAUUGCAGGGAUGUGUGGGACACGUUUUCCAUGAGGUCACAUUUUAUUUAAUCCUAACAGACUUGGAGAAAUGGUACAUUGCAGAGAUUGAAAACACGUCUUUAGAGUUCUGUGGGAAAAUAUUCCCUUCCCCCUUUUUCUUAUUUGCGGAUGUAAACGUGAUAAAAAGCAUCAUAGUUUACCUGUAACAAUACCAAAUGCAGUAUUCAAAUGUACUAUUACUCAAAGUAUAAUCAUUCCAACCUGCCCCUACGUAUAAAGGUAAUUCCCCUUUAGUUGAAUCAUAAAACCAGUGUGAUUAAUCAUGUGAUUUGUUUCAGUUUCUGUUGCCCAACCCUAAAUAGAACUAGUCUGGCAGCCUGAAGUAGAACAAAAAUGUCCAAAAAAAACAGCACAUAACGCCCCAUAAAAUAUAGAUCCAACAACAGAUAAGAAACAAAGGUCUUUUACAUCUUUCUAGAACCUGUUACAGAGCCAUUUCUAAACCUUUAGGACUCCAGUGAACCACAGUGAGAGAUGUUUUCCACUAAUGACAAUUUGGACAGCGGUAAACCUUCCUAGGAGCGGCUGGCAGACCAAAAUUACUCCAAGACCGCACUGUUGACUCAUCCAAGAGGUCACAAACAAACCCUGAGUGAUUAUCUUAAAUCCUACAGGUAAAGAUUGAUGUUAGUGAUUCGUAAAAAAAAAAGAAACUGACUUCCUUAAGACCUUUGGGGAAACAAUUCUCAGCAAAUGAGAUGUGAAAUAAACCUUUAUUCUCCUUAUAUUAGUGUAAAUAUGUCAGGCGUGGUUCUUAUGGGGGAGUGGCGUCCUAAUGGUUAGGGCAUUGCCCUUGGGUCAUAGAGGUUGUGAGUUCAAGUCCCAUUCCCACAGACUGCCACUCUGGCUCCCUGAGCAAGACCCCUUAUCCAACACUGCUCCCUGGCCGCCGCACAGUGGCAGCCCACUGCUUAAAUGCAGAUUUAAUUUGUUGCUUUGUACUUGUGACAGUGUAAUGACAAUAAAUUAAUUCUAUUCUUAAUUCUUUCAGGACCUGGAUGAAUUCCUGCUAUUGAUGAAACCAUGAAUUUUUAACUUAACAGAAGUUAAUUUGGGGAGGGAAUUUCCCCCUCUAGCUUUUUUUUUUUUUAAAUAAAUUAAAAUCCAAAUUUUUCAGUUGUUUUUUUUUGGCAUAUUUAGGUUUUUAAUGUUAACAUUUAGACCUUAAUAAUAUCCACUGGUGCAAGAAAUUAAUUAGUAGGGUGGGAUAUUUUUUCACAGAACUGUUUAACUUUUAUCUCUUCUGCUAAAACCACCACAAAUAGCUUCUCUGACCAAAAUAUUCCAGUGUAGAUAAAGGUCUAGUUUUUUUUUCUUACCUCAAGAUUCUACAAGUGCCUGAUUGUUCUGGAAUGUGUUGUUCUGCGGUGCCAUGCGCAGGUCCUGUCUUUUAUUUAUUUCCCUUCAUUUUAUGCGGAUCUCCCCUCUUGAUGUGGCUGAUGGCCGAGCUAAGGAGACCGACCCAAAGAUGCGUACAUAUAACUUCAAGCCAAGGACACAUCUAUGCACUCCUUUCGACGAAAUGUGUUUAUAACAGCCGUAACUACCGCUGCUAAGACCAAGGAAACAAAAACAGGCAUAGAAAUCCCUCAGCUGCUUCUGUUUCCCCCCCCAAUCAAAGUGAGGUCAUCUCUCUGUGUGAUUAUGGUACAACAAGCCCUUCCCUUUAACCACAUUAGGUCACACCAGACAAUAUCACAAUUCCUAAACCUCAUCAGUUGGUGUGUGAUGUACUGAAAUGUGAUUUUAUCUAAUGUUUGUUGUAUUUUAAAACAGUUUUUGUACAUACCAUCUUAAUAUGUAACAUACUGUAUUGUGUACAUUGGGAAUUACUUUUGACUUACUGAUGAAAAUGACUGGACAAAAAAAAAAGCAAAGCUUGUCCGCCUGAAACUAUUUCGCUUUGAAACAAAAAGGUAUAAGAUGUAAAUAAACAGAAGUAUGUUUAAA